ACACUUCCGCUAUUAAGCAAAUGUUUAAAUUACUUACAAACUGACCCCACCUCCUUAGAAGAAGUCAGGCUAGGCUAUUCAAUCAACGUUGAAGCACCGGUGAAAGUUUUUACAUUGAUAGAAAACAGCAUAUAAUACCGACAAUUAAAUUAACCCUCUUUAGAUUUAUAAGUAUGAUAUUACGUUUGAGUUUCACCUGAGCUCGUGACACUCCUUGCUUCGCUCCUCAAACUUUCCGUGUAAGUUGGAUUUCUCAAUCAGGAAGUAAUAUCAAGUUAAAAUGGGGAGUAAGGAGCGCUACCACUGGCAGACCCAGAAUGUUAAGAUCAGCGGGGUGGAUGACAUGGUCCUGCUCUCCAAGAUCAACGAGGAAGCCAUCACUGACAACCUCAAGAAGAGAUACAUGGACGACUACAUCUUUACCUACAUAGGGUCGGUGCUGAUCUCUGUCAACCCCUUUAAACAGCUGCCCUACUUCACCGACAGAGAGGUGGAGCUCUACCAGGGAGCUGCCCAGUAUGAAAACCCCCCUCACAUCUAUGCCCUGGCUGACAACAUGUACCGCAACAUGAUGAUCGACUGUGAGAACCAGUGUGUCAUCAUCAGUGGGGAGAGUGGAGCAGGAAAGACUGUAGCAGCUAAAUACAUAAUGGGUUACAUCUCCAAGGUGUCGGGUGGAGGUCCCAAAGUCCAGCACGUAAAAGACAUCAUCCUCCAAUCCAACCCUCUCCUGGAGGCCUUUGGGAAUGCCAAGACUGUGCGCAACAAUAACUCUAGUCGCUUUGGGAAGUACUUUGAGAUCCAGUUCAGCCGUGGAGGAGAGCCAGACGGAGGGAAGAUCUCCAACUUCCUGUUGGAGAAGUCCAGGGUGGUGUCACAGAACCAGGGAGAGAGGAACUUCCACAUCUACUACCAGCUCCUGGGGGGCGCCACUAAAGAGAUGAGGGAGAACCUUGGUGUCACCACACCUGACUACUACCUCUACCUGAACCAGUCUGGCACCUACACCGUGGAGGAUGUCAACGAUAAGAAGGAAUUCUCUGACACCAUGGAGGCCAUGUCAGUGGUGGGCCUGUCUGUAGAUGAUCAGGACAUGGUGAUGCAGAUCGUAGCAGGCAUCCUGCAUCUGGGUAACAUCGCCUUCAGAGAGGAGGGAAACUACGCUGUGGUGGAGAGUGAGGACUUCCUGGCGUUCCCGGCCUACCUGUUGGGAAUCUCCCAGGAGGGUCUGAAAAACAAGCUGACCAGCCGGAUCAUGGACAGCAAGUGGGGAGGCAAGACGGAGAGCAUCGCUGUCACUCUGAACACAGAGCAGGCCUCCUUCACACGGGACGCCCUCUCCAAAGCCCUCUACUCACGCCUGUUUGACUUUCUUGUGGAUUCUAUCAACAAAGCCAUACAGAAAGACCAUGAGGAAUUCAAUAUUGGGGUGCUGGACAUCUAUGGCUUUGAAAUCUUCCAGAAAAACGGCUUUGAGCAGUUCUGCAUCAACUUUGUGAAUGAGAAGCUGCAGCAGAUUUUCAUUGAGCUCACGUUAAAAGCUGAGCAGGAGGAAUAUGUGCAGGAAGGGAUCAAGUGGACGCCGAUCGAGUACUUUAACAACAAAAUCGUGUGUGACCUCAUUGAGUCCAAACUGAACCCCCCAGGCAUCAUGAGUAUCUUGGACGAUGUGUGUGCCACCAUGCAUGCUAAGGGGGAGGGUGCAGACCAGACCCUGAUCCAGAAGCUACAAGCGGGAAUCAGCUCCCAUGAGCACUUCAACAGCUGGAAUAAAGGCUUCAUAGUGCACCACUACGCUGGCAAGGUGUCCUAUGAUGUCAGUGGCUUCUGUGAGAGGAACAGAGAUGUGCUCUUCAACGACAUCAUUGAGCUGAUGCAGAGCAGUGAAUUUGCCUUCAUAAAAACCCUUUUCCCAGAAAACCUAGAGGCAGAGAAAAAGGGCCGUCCUACCACCGCCAGUAGCAAGAUCAAGAAACAAGCCAACAACCUGGUCCAGACCCUGAUGAAGUGCACCCCCCACUACAUCCGCUGUAUCAAGCCCAACGAGACCAAGAAGCCUCGGGACUGGGAGGACACUCGGGCCAAACACCAGGUGGAGUACCUGGGCCUGCGGGAGAACAUUCGUGUGCGCCGCGCCGGGUACGCAUUCCGCCGAGCCUUCGCCAAGUUCCUGCAGAGGUAUGCCAUCCUGACCAGGGAGACAUGGCCCCGGUGGACAGGGGAGGAGAGGAAGGGGGUUCUGCACCUCCUCCACUCUGUCAACAUGGACCAGGACCAGUACCAGCUGGGAAAGACUAAGAUCUUCAUCAAGGCCCCAGAAUCAUUGUUCUUGCUGGAGGAGAUGAGGGAAAGGAAAUAUAACGGAUAUGCUCGGGCCAUCCAGAAGGCCUGGCGCAAACACAUCGCCGUCCGCAAGUACGUCAAGAUGAGAGAGGAAGCCUCAGACAUCCUACUGAAUAAGAAGGAGAGGAGGAGGAACAGCCUCAACAGGAACUUUGUGGGCGACUACAUCGGCACCGACAACCACCCCGAGAUCCGGCAGUUCGUGGGCCGCCGGGAGAAGAUCGAUUUUGCAGAUGUGGUUGCCAAAUAUGACCGCAGGUUUAGGACUGUGAAGCGUGACCUCAUCCUGACCCCUAAGUUCCUGUAUCUGAUUGGUCGGGAGAAGGUGAAGCAGGGACCAGAUAAGGGACAGAUCCACGAGGUUCUGAAGAGACAGAUAGAAGUGGAGAAGAUUCAGUCAGUCUCUCUCAGCACCCUGCAGGAUGACUUCUUCAUCAUCCACGAGGAGCAUUACGACAGUGUCCUUCAGUGCAUCUUCAAGACGGAGUUCCUCAGUCUGCUCUACAAACGUUAUGAUGAGAAGACCCAGAGGAAGCUACCGCUCAAGUUCAACAACCUACUGGAGUUUAAGGUGAAGAAGGGAGGUUGGGGGCCGUUCUCUGCUGCUGGCUCCAGGCAGAUCCAGUUCCAGGCGGGCCAAGGAGAAGAGGCGGUUGUGAAGCCCAGCAGCAAGGUCCUCAUAGUCACCAUCGGACCCGGGCUCCCAAAGAACUCCAGACCGACCCGCAGGGACAACAGGAAAAGUCGCUACAUGGGAAACCAGACUCCAGGCUCAGGACAGCAGUCACAAGGCGCCCCCAGGGGCAGAGGCCGAGGUGGGGGUGGUGGUCAGCGGGGUGGUGGUCAGCGGGGUGGGCCACCCUCGUCCAGGGUCUCUCUGCUCCGCCGGCAGUCCAGUAUGGAGCAGCCUACACUACCCCGACAACAGAGGUCCCGGCAGACCAACAACCACUCCAACAACCAGAGCCAGGCAGACACCGCUUUCAUGAACGUGCCUGACCAGGGAGUGGCUGGUGUUCAUCGUAGACGCUCGAAGGAGGUCAAGCCUUCCCCAGGAGCGGGCCGCCCCAAGCCUGCCCCCAAGCCCAAGCCUCGCUCCCCUGAAUGCCGAGCGCUGUAUGCUUACGACGCCCAGGACACUGAUGAGCUGAGCUUCAACGCGGAGGAUGUCAUUGAAAUCCUCACUGAAGAUCCAUCAGGCUGGUGGUACGGUCGUCUUCGCGGGAGGGAAGGCAUGUUUCCUGGCAAUUAUGUAAAGAAGAUUUAGGCUGGAGCGAUGAGGGACUUGUCUAAAGGUAGAAGAUCUAGACUGGAUCAAGGGACAUAAGAUCUAGAUUGGAGCGAUGAGGGACUUGUCCAAUGAGAGAAGAUCUAGACUAGAGCGAUGAGUGACAUGUCCAAUGAGAGAAGAUCUAGACUGGAGCGAUGAGGGACAUGUCCAAUGAGAGAAGAUCUAGACUGGAGCGAUGAGGGACAUGUCCAAUGAGAGAAGAUCUAGACUGGAGCGAUGAGGGACAUGUCCAAUGAGAUUAAGGAGUCAGGUGGCAACAGUAGAAUUACAACCAUACCAAGUGCAUUACUACAGAGACAAAACAAAAAAGCAUAAUUAAAGCAUUUCUCCAUACCAUCUCUCUUUGGAGUCCGAGACAAGGGAAUGCGAUGAUUUUUGCCAAAGAUGGUUUGACGUGCAAAUACUACUAAUUUUUAUCAAUGGAUUUUAUCUAUUGUUUUAGCAUGUGUUAGCUUUUUUUAAAGACUGAACAAAUAGACGUUUUGUUUUAUCCUGCAUCUUUUUAUAGCCAUUUACCUCGAGUGUUCAAAUAAAUCUUAGUUUUAUUUGCUCUUUCACGUUUGUUUAAUACAUAGGACCAAAUGUCCAUAAUAAUCUCAGUUCAGGUGGAGUUGGGAUAGAAUGGGUAAUUACAAAACAUUUUUGACAAGAUAUAUAUUGUAAAAUAUAUAUUAGUUGUGUAUUUUAUGUGAUUAUCCAUGUCUUAGGUAGAUAUUUCACAAUUCUAUAUUAGUGAAGAUUUGUAAGGCUGAGUUUACACAGGCAGCCCAAUUCUGAUGUUUUAUCCAAUUAUCGGCAAAAGGGCUGGUCUGAUUGGCCAGAAGACCAAUUAAUGGGAAAAUAAUUAGAAUUGGGCUGCCUGUGUAAACCCAGCCUUACCGAUCUUCACUGAUAUAGAAUUGUGAAAUAUCUACCUAAGAUGAUGAUGAACCAUAUAAGACAUUAACAGAGCCUACCAUUUCCCAUGUUUUAUAAUAGGCUACAUGGUACAUGUUAUUACCCAGCGAUAGUCUGUUAAAAAAGACAGUUGAUUGUUUGUCGACAGUUGACAUAAAAAUUAAAAGAAUUGUAAACCAUCAAA